AGUCACCCACACUUUUAAAAUCCAUAUUCAAACGUUUUUGCUCCUCGCUUGAUAACUUUGACUUUCGAAGUUACAGUAAAGCUAACGAGAGAUACUGCAAGUCAGACUGUUUCUGCGUGUCCUAAGUGGAAUUGUGACGGCGACGACACGUUCAAAUCGCUGUUAUUCCAACCUGGGAACAUCACCAUCAAAUUCAUCGUCAACACCACCGGCUGGAUCGGCUUUGGCCUGAGUCACACCGGAGACAUGACAGGGGCCGAUCUGGUCAUGGGGGGAGUCGGGCCUGCUGGAAACUACUUCAAAGAUUAUUACUCCACGGAGAACACCUACCCCAUCGUGGACCAGCAGCAGAGCUACACGUUGCUGUCGCUUAAUGAGAGCGAAGGGGAAACUCACAUGACCUUUUCCAGGGAUUUGCAAACAUGUGAUGAGCAAGACAUCCCAAUUCUUGACCAAUCCAUUUAUGUGAUAUACGCUUAUGGACUUACGGAUGAGAUAGGCUUCCACUUAAAUCUCGUCGGUGGCAAACAACUCAACCUACUGAAUUUUGGUAGCAGAACCAAUGAGGUAGAUGGAGAUGAUCUGAAUGCCACAAUGGUAAAUAGUCAGUUCUACAUGUACCGAGACAGCCACCUCAGUUAUUUGGAAAUGCUAACUCAACGCUGUAAUCAUACGGGCAAUGCGGCAACCAAGUGCACAUCCUGGAUUUGGAAUCAAGCAUCUGUUCUGCUUGUGUUCUUCUGGAUUGCUCUUUACUGAAAAAUCCACUGACAUCUUUUACAUUAGGUUUCUGUAGUAUAAUCUUAAUUUAGUCACAUGUAAAACACAAAAAUAGUUUUAUUACCGUGUAUUUUCAAUCAUUGUUUUUGUUAUCAAUUCACCCAAUCAUCAUUGGAAGUGGAUUUCUGAUUUGUACAAAAUAUCUAAUAUAGCUAUGCGAAGUAAAUUUAUAAGGGUCAUUUUUUUAAUAGGGUGCAAUUUGGAUGUAACAGAGUGGACACUAGCAGAGGAGACAUUUUGUGUUAAAGAUAGUCCUCAGCCCAGCUUUGCUAGCAUAAUAGCAAAUAUGAUGUUGGAUACUUUAUGAGAAUUUUAUAUUUUUACAAACGGAUCUUUUGAAAUGAUUCAAUUCAAUUAAUUUUAUUAACAUACGUAGCUUUGACAGAUUGGACACUUUAUGAUCAACCACACGAAAUGUACUUUAUGAAACUGCAAACUAAAUGUACUUUAUAAAACUGCAAAAUCUGACUUCUAAAGGAGGUAGAAAAUAAAAUUGCUUACCUCAGUUUCUUUUUAAUAGGGUGUAAUUUGGAUAUAACAGAGUGGACACUAACAGAGGGGACAUUUUGUGCUAAAGGUAGUCCUCAGCCUACCUUUGCUAGCAUGAUAGCCAAUAUGACAUUGGAUACUUGAUGAGAAAACUUAAAAUUUUACAAAUAAAACUUUUGAAAUGAUUCAAUUCAAUUAAUUUUAUUAACAUAUGUAGCUUUGACAGAGUGGACACUUUAUGAUCAACCACACUAAAUGUACUUUAUAAAACUGCAAAAUCUGACUUUUAAAGGAGGCAAAAAACAAAAUUGCUUACCUCAGUGUCUUUUUUAAUAAUGUGUCAUUUGGACAUAACAGAGUGGACACUAACAGAGGGGACAUUUUGUGCUAUAGGUAGUCCUCAGCCUACCUUUGCAAGCAUGAGAGCCAAUAUGACAUUGGAUACUUGAUGAGAAAACUUAAAAUUUUACAAAUAAAUCUUUUGAAAUGAUUCAAUUCAAUUAAUUUUAUUAACAUAUGUAGCUUUGACAGG